AUGACGACCACUCAUCUCGACGUCUCGGAAGUCGAUAGCUAUGACUAUCUCAUCGUGGGCGGUGGCACAGCGGGCUGUGUCAUUGCCUCCCGCCUGGCGGAAUACCUGCCACACAAGAAGAUCUUGUUGAUCGAGGCCGGCCCCAGCGAUUUCAUGGACGACCGGGUCCUCGAUCUCAAACAAUGGUUGACUCUCCUCGGCGGCGAGCUCGACUAUGACUAUGGAACCACAGAGCAACCGAUGGGAAACUCUCAUAUCCGACACUCCCGCGCCAAAGUACUAGGCGGAUGCUCCAGCCACAACACCUUGAUCUCGUUCCGCCCGUUCGAAUAUGACUGCCAGAUCUGGGAAUCCUUGGGCGCCAAAGACUGGAACUUUGCUACGUUCAUGCGGGUGCUGGACAAACUGCGCAACACGGUGCAGCCGGUGCACUCACGACACCGGAACCAGCUGUGUCUCGACUGGGUCGACUCGUGCAGCAAAGCGAUGGACAUCCCCGUGGUGCACGACUUCAACCGGGAGAUCGCGACGACGGGGGCGCUGAAGGAAUGCGUCGGCUUCUUCUCCGUCAGCUACAACCCGGAUGACGGGCGGCGGUCGAGCGCGAGCGUGGCCUACAUCCACCCGAUCCUACGCGGCGAAGAAGAGCGGCCGAACCUCAAGAUCCUCACCAACGCCUGGGUGUCGAAAAUCAACGUGGCGCACAACGCGAAGACCAAGACCGACCGAGUCACGGGCAUCAACCUGACGCUGCAAUCGGGUCAGAAACUGACUCUGACCGCACGGACGGAAACGAUCCUCUGCGCGGGCGCCGUCGACACGCCGCGCCUGAUGCUCCUCUCCGGGCUCGGUCCCGCCGAGCAGCUCUCGUCGCUGUCCAUCCCCGUGGUCAAGAAUCUUCCCGGCGUCGGCGAGAACCUGCUCGACCACCCGGAGACCAUCAUCAUCUGGGAACUGAACCGGCCGGUCCCGCCGAACCAGACCACCAUGGACUCGGACGCCGGCAUCUUCCUGCGCCGCGAACCACCCAACGCCGCCGCCCAGAAGGGCCCGACCCCGACCAACCCCGCCGCCAUCCCGGACGACCACAUCGCCGACGUCAUGAUGCACUGCUACCAGAUCCCCUUCUGCCUGAACACGACGCGGCUGGGCUACGACACCCCCAUCGACGCCUUCUGCAUGACGCCCAACAUCCCGCGCCCGCGCUCCAGGGGACGGCUGUACCUGACGUCCAACGACCCGUCCGUCAAGCCCGCCUUGGAUUUCCGCUACUUCACCGACCCCGAGGGCUACGAUGCCGCCACCUUUGUGUUUGGGUUGCGCGCCGCCCGCAAGAUCGCCCAGCAGUCCCCCUUCAAGGACUGGAUCAAGCGCGAGGUCGCCCCGGGCCCGAAAGUCCAGACCGACGAGGAGUUGAGCGAAUACGCCCGCCGCGUCGCCCAUACCGUCUACCACCCCGCCGGCACGACCAAGAUGGGCGACGUCCAGAAGGACGAGUUUGCCGUCGUCGACAACAAGCUGAGAGUUCGCGGUCUGGAGGGCCUCAGGAUCGCUGACGCCGGUGUCUUUCCCGCCAUGACCACCAUCAAUCCUAUGCUUACAGUUUUGGGCAUCGGGGAGAGAUGUGCGGAGAUCGUGGCUGAGGAGGCCGGCUGGAAGGGAGACGGUGAUGCCAAAGUUAGAGCGAGAUUGUAG